AUGGCGAGGGCUUCGGGGUUGUCGCAAAGUAUCUCUCAGGCUAGAUCCAAUAUCGAUUCCGAGAUUGACGCUCUCCUACACACACCGUUUGCACACCUGUUGGGAACGAACCACAAUGUAACGUCAAGCAUCAAUCAGCACCAGCUUUGUGAGCUUGUCGAGAGCCUGUCCUCGGGCGUCGACGAGAUCGACGCCAUCAUCAAGCAUCUAUCGCAGAGCAAGGUCAGGAUGCAACACGCAAAGAAAGAGCACUCGCGAUUCUUGUCCGUCGUCAUCCGGGUGCCGGAUGACGUCCUAUCCAUCAUCUUCAAAUACGUCUCCCGGUCAUAUCAGAUCCCAGUUCCUCCGAUUUCUCUUUCCCGCGUCUGCCGCCGUUGGAGGACGGUUGCACUUGCCGACCCCAAGUUAUGGAACAGUAUACACAUCACGGCCGGUUCAAAGCGUGCUUCCUCCCGAUGCGCGGAGAUGAUCUCGAGGUCUCGUCUACUUCCUACUCAUCUCUUCAUCCACGGCGUCAAUACCGAAAGUAUGAAGGCGAUGGAGCAGAACGGGGUUCUUGCUGGGCUCAGAGAUACGUGUAAAGGCCUUCAACUCUCCUAUAAUAGCAGGCGCACGUGGGCUGAGUCCGUCAGUUUCGGCGAACUGGACAACUGGCUCGCUCAGCACUUCCCAAAUUUGGAGUCGUUAAGCCUGUUGGACUGCUACCUCGCCACCUGGCGUUUUACUAACGAAGAAUAUGAUGAUAGCGAGGUAGAGAACGACGACGUAACUGGAUCCCCUGACAUAUAUAGAGCCCUCUCCCGAUUGCGCAAUCUGCAUAUUGAAGUCGCCGAAGAGAACAAUCCGUACCGCGACCCCUACAGAUAUGAGGAGGAGGAUGGAGAAGAGGAAUGCCAAUUACUCGACUUCCGCCGUGUCUUCCCGUUCCAUUUCUCCAAUCUACGGCGUCUCAUAGUGAAUCAUGUUGCCGAGGACAGUUUUAUAGUCCUGGAUAUUGUCAAAUUCUCUGUCGAUUUCCCGAACCUGGAAGAGUUUUAUCUCGUAUCGAGUCGCUUUUCUUCGUCAGAUAUCACUGCUCGCACUGAACCUCCAGUUGCAGCUCAAGGAACCGCGCGGUUGCCCCACCUUCGGCUCCUAUCUCUCCAGCUGGAAUGGGAUCAUCCCGCCUACCUCAUUGACACGUUCCACGCCCUGACCCUACCAUCUCUUACAGACCUCACUUUCAGCUUCACGUACCAGACUCAUGGCUCGGAACAAGAGAUUCGGGCUGUAGAAGCGUGUCUCUCGCGUUCGCAAUGCCCGUUGAGAAGGCUGUAUAUCGACACCCCAAGAGCCAAACCUUGGAUUGACAAAUGGGCGAUUCGCCUCAAAGAGACUUACCCCUGUCUUCAAGUAGACGCCGGCGAGUCGUGGCGUGAUUUCAAUCACGUCAAGAAAUCUUGGUAUUACUGA